AUGCCGAAAUGGUUCCGGGAUCUCUGGGGCACAAAAAGGCAAGAGUGUGGUCGACAUGCGUUGAAGUACUCACACAAAGCACACUAUUUUCACGAUCAUUUCAAGACUGGCUGUGUAUUUGACGUGGGAUCUGAUGCUGAUACUGAUGCCAGCACUAAAGCUAACACUAACACUACCAUUAGCACUAGCACUAAUAAUUCUAACCCUGGUCCUGUGUCGAGGGCUACGACCGAGUUGUUGAGUUGCACUGAUAUUAGGUACACAAAGACACAAUGUGGAACGCAGUGUUGGGGGCCAUGUCUUGUCAACUCUGGUGUCAAUAUAUCCGGGCGUAUUGGCAUUGUUCAACCAACCAGCCAGCCAACCAGCCAACCAGCCAACCAGCCAACCAACUGA